AUGGCCGCCACGCAGACCCACAGCUACGCCCAUCUCCUCCCGCCUUCGUGGAAGGGCAAGAUCGCAGAGUGGCUCAAGGAGGACUGCCCCUCGUUUGACUGGGGCGGAUACGUCGUCGGAGAGGACACCAAACGCGCCACCCUCUGGUGCAAGAGCGAGGGCGUGCUGGCGGGCGUGCCGUUCUUUGACGAGGUCUUCAAGCAGCUCGAAUGCACCGUCGAGUGGAAGUACAAGGAGGGCGACUACCUCUCCUCGUCAGAUGGCAAGAAGGUCAAAGUGGCGGUCGCAGAGGUCCGCGGACCCUCGCGCAAGAUCCUUCUCGGCGAGCGCGUCGCCCUCAACACGCUGGCGAGGUGCUCCGGCAUUGCCACUGCCUCGCGCAAGUUCUCGGACAAGGCGCGCCAGGCCGGCUUCAAGGGCAUUGUCGCCGGCACGCGCAAGACGACGCCAGGCUUCCGCGAUGUGGAAAAGUACGGCAUGAUUGUCGGCGGCGUUGACAUGCACCGCUACGACCUGAGCAGCAUGGUCAUGCUCAAGGACAACCACAUCUGGAGCACCGGUUCGGUCAGCAAUGCCGUCAAGGCGGCGCGAUCCGUUUGCGGCUUCUCCCUCCGCAUCGACGUCGAGGUGCAGUCGCACGCCGAGGCGGUUGAGGCCAUCGAGGCGGGCGCCGACGUCGUCAUGCUCGACAAUCUCGUCGGCGACGACCUCAUCGCUUGCGCCAAGAAGCUGCGGGCCGACCACGGCAGCACGCACAAGUUCCUCCUCGAGAGCAGCGGCGGCAUCGACGUCGAUAACGUCGCAGAAGGCGGCCACGUCGACAACUCGAUCGACAUUAUCAGCACCAGCUCGAUCCACCAGUCGACCAAACACGUCGACUUCAGCCUCAAAAUCGACCCCUCGUCGUGA